AAUAGGUCUAAAUAUACAGUUGGUAUAAAUUCAAUGAAGUUAUGUAUGACAUUAAGUAAACCGAAUUUUCAAUUUUUCUGAUAAUUUACAUAAUAUAGUCGUUUAAACUGCUUACCCUUCUGUUAGAGAACUAUUAAGUAUAUUUUACUUGUAUUUUGUUUCUUUCUAGAGUAUAUUUCGUCAACAUAUACUCUGUAGGUGCUUCACAGAAAGGUAUGCAAUGACAAGCGAUAUCACCACAUCAAAUUGUGUACAAAAUUUACCAGUGUCUAUAAAACCUGCAAUGGAUAAAUUCCCAAAGUGUUCCACAAUUGAUUUUUAUUAUAUGCUGCGUAUAUUUGUUUCUGAAUUAAUCGGUACUGGUACACUAUGCUUUGUUGCUGUCCUGUAUAAUUUCCCACCAAUUAGAAAUCCCGUCUCUGAUUGUAUCAUUGUCUUUUUAACCUUUUCUUGGAUUGUAUGGAUAUUUGGUCCAAUAAGUGGUGCACAGAUUAAUCCAAUUGUAACUAUCGCACUAUUACUUAUAAGAAAAAUAUCAAUAAUCUAUGCUAUAUUAUGUAUAAUAGCUCAGAUAGUCGGUGCAAUUUUAGGCGCGAUAAUCGCUAAAGCUUUACUACCUAGCAGUUUAGCACAGUCGGAUAAACUUGGUGUUGUAGCAAGAAAUCCACUUGUAUCACAAGGAAAUGCUGUUGGAUUUGAAUUCUUUGGUGGAAUGGCAAUUGUACUGGCUAUUUUAGCUUCAAUUGAUGAAUUCAGACCCAGUAUAUGGACAGCCGGUUUAUUUACUAGUCUGCCAUUUCAAAUGGGAGUGGUGCAUGCUUUGUUAGUUGGAAUAUUGGCUAGAUAUUCUGGAAGCGGCUUGAAUCCAGCACGUUGUUUGGGUACUGCUAUCGUUGCAGACGAUUAUACUGAUGUCUGGAUCUAUUUCGUCGGUCCCCUCUGUGGUUCUCUGUUGCUGCAAUUCUUUAUGAGACAGUAUUAUCUCAUGGUGUAUCAUUGAAUCGUUUGAAAGCAUGGUUAACCAGUCCAGACUUUGAUCGUAACAUGGAUUACAGUUCUAAAAAUCAAGUACAUGCUGCAAGUCAGGAUUAAAGAAAACGAAAUAAUACAAGCUAUGUACUAAUCAGUUGGACAUUCAUUUGUACAGAAUCAAAAAGAUAUUUUAUCCAACUAAUAAACAUUUCAAAGUCAUCAUCAUCAUUACCACCAGCAACAACAACUACCAAAAGAGAUGCUGAUAGUAAUACAACUUUUUAUUAGAGACUAGAUCGGUAAAAAUUAGAGAAAAGCUACAUUUUAAUCUUUCUGUUUGUUUUUUAAUGUCUUGUCACUUUCAAAUGGUGAGGGAAAAAUAUUGGUUUCCCGAUUUAAAACAGAAGACAAUCUAUAAUAUUCAAAUAUUCUUUUCAAGUAUUACAUUUUAACUUUGCACCAAAUGGAACUGAAUUUGUGUUUUAAGUAACGUGUAUAGUUGUUCACUAGUUGUUUACUUACAAUAUUAGUUUGAGGUUUUCGAAAAUCAGAAACAUUUCUCAAAUCUAAACCCUCUGAAUACAUAUUAAUUCAAACUUUCAAAUG